AUGACUUCAAAGGCCGAAACUGACGUAUAUCGUCCAGAAACUUUUUCUAAUUAUUUUUGGGGUAGGGACGAAGUGGGCUAUGAGGUAUUAAUGACGCGCAUGCGUCAAGCGAAACAAACUUGCGAGGAAGUUAGAAAUAUGCUUCAAGAACGUGCUGCGAUUGAAGAAGAUUAUGGUAAAAGAUUAUUAAAAUUAGCAAAAUCGCAGUUUGGCAAGGACGAAAUCGGCACUCUACGAGAAUCGUUUGAUGUCACACGAAAAGCGAUCGAAGCGACAGGUUCAUCACAUAUAAAACUCGCCCAACAAAUACGGACUGAUCUCGUACAGAAAAUAAUAGCUUUUACAGCUUUACAAAAAGACAGGCGUAAACAGCAAACAACAAUUCUAGAUCGGAGUUUACGUACAAAACAAACUCACGCUUCUCAUUUGCAAAAGGCAAGUCUCAUGCAAGAUAUCAUCAUCCUCUCUUUAUCAGUUAAUUCAAUGAUGGCUUCUAAAAGAACCUUGAUUGGUAGAGAUUUGGAAAAGCUUAAUAUGAAGUUAGAAAAAAGUCAAAUAGCUGUCAAGAAUUCUGAUCAAGAAUAUCAAUCUUUGAUCAAAGGUAUGGCGGAGACAAUUCAACGAUGGAACUAUGACUGGAGAGUUGCAUGUGAUAAAUUCCAAUAUAUGGAAGAGGAGCGAAUACAUUUUUUGAAGACACAUUUGUGGGAAUUUGCAAAUCUAAUUUCUCAGAGUUGUGUUGCUGAUGAUGAGUCAAGUGAAUCUAUUCGGGUUUCUUUGGAAGCAUGUGACAUUGAAAAAGAUAUCUCAAGUUUUAUAAGAGAACGGGCAACUGGACCCGAGAUACCUGAACCACCAAGCUACAUAAAUUUUCAGUCAGGUGACAAAGACCCGGGCCCACGAUACACACUGGCUUCAUUUGAAAAAGAGAAAGUUUCGGAGUUCAGCGACAAUCCAUCCAAUCUUGACCCUAUCGAAGAAGCGUCGGAUCGAUCCACUGUUAUAGAUUCUUCAGCACCACCACCACCUUAUGAAAUCAGUUCCUGGCAAAAAAAUGCGCAGAUGUCGAGCGGCUAUGUUGGUCCUACUCGACAAAGUAUUUAUAAUACUUCAUCCGGAAAUAAUAGCUCUUCCUCUCUAAAAUCAUCUCCAGCAUCGAGGAGAGAAAGUAUAUACUCUCCGAUGAAUAAUAAUGCCACUCCCACUACUAGUACUGUUAAUGUUAAUAGUAAUAAUGAUGAUGAAUGCGAAGAUGAUGGUAAUAACGAAAUAAAUACUUCCAAAUCUAGUCCAUUAGAAAAUGAAUCAGAUGACCAAGAACAACCACUGAACCCAUUGUCUAAGCAAUAUAUUUCGAUUGGUGGUAAUGUGUUAGAAGUAAACUCGAAUAAUGAGGCAACGAAUACCGCAUACAAUAAUGAUGAGCAACAUCCGAUUAAACAAGCGUUAGCCAAUUUUGAAAAUAAAAAGCCAAGCUCAAAUACUAAAGAGCCACAAGAUACUAACGUAUCAAAUCAGAGCAGAGUAAAUCAUAAUUCCUCAGAUUCUCAAUCCUCAGCAAAGUAUACUCUUGAAAAUAAACCUCAACCACCUAUGCCACCAUCAAUCCAAAAUAGAAAUGAAUCUCCUAAUUAUGGCUUCCCACAACAAACAUCACCUCAACAGCAGUUCCAGCAACCUUAUCAUAAACAAGAGCAACAUCCACAAACACAACCACAAUAUCAACCUCCUCCCUACCAUCACCAACAGCAGCAACAACAACAUUAUCAUAAUCAACAUUCACAUCCACCACCACAGCAAUAUCAACGUCCCCCUCCACAAUCUAAUCAACCACAACAAUUCGGAACAAUUGCCGGACAAAUUUAUGACCCAUCACAACUAAUUAAUGGUCCAGGAAACUUUAGACGACAACCUUCUGCAGAAUACGGCCCUCAAUCAUCUCAACAACAAGAAAUCCAAUCAAUGAUAAGUAGUCGAUCUCGUUCUCCACAACCUUCGACCGAUAUUCAAGAAGGGCCAGGUGAUUUACGACGACCUUCAUCUGAUAAUACGACCAAUAAUAACAACAGAAAUAAUAAUAGAACCCGGAGUCCUAGUCCAUUACCGAAUUCGCGACAACAAACACAAAGUUCACGGCAAAAUGAUCAAUUUAAACAAAAUGGCUCACCUUCUUUCUCUUCUACUUCUAUAAAUCAACGACAAUCCCCAGUUCAUCGGUCUCCAUCGGCAUCACCUCGAAUUCAAACAGCUUCACCACAUCAAACAGUCACGAGAACUAAUUCAACAUUCACUUCAUCAAGUUCAUCUACACAUGCUAGCAGUAAUAAUAAACUCGGGAUAGCAAUAGACGAACAUGGUAGAGUAAUAAAAGAUACUUUAGCCGAAAAAUUUAUUGAGAAUAACGGAAAACUUCCACCAGAAUCUGAGAGGUUCAAAGUAAAUCCAAACAUUAGAGAUCAACAAGGAUCCGGACCCGGUCCUUAUCCACCACAAUCCGGAUAUCCUCCCGCAACAAGGCCUAUCCAACCUCCACCCCAACAGCAAAUUAAUAAUCAACAUAUUCAUCAUACACAACCAACGAGUAUUGAUCCUGCUCGGCCAUAUCAAAAGACAUCACCGCAAAUAAGACCCGCAAAUAUAUAUAGCGUAGAAGCACAGAGACCAGGUCCUCCUAUUCAUCAUGCCGGUUAUGUUACUCAACCACCCGUACAACCACAUCCAGCUUCAAAAACUACAAUACAACGAAGUAAUACUGUUGGCAGUGUCUCGAGUAGUGUAUAUAAUAUUGAAAGACCAGAACAACAUUUACGACAAGGAUCUUAUCAACCAACUAAUUACCGAGACCCGACUUUUUAUCCACCUCCAAGAGGAUCUGAUGGAUUUCCACCACGUCCGCAGCAACCAGCGGCACCUUUAGUAAGAACAGCCACAAUGCCCUCAAAUCAUUAUGCUGGAAGCAAUACUUCUGCAAGAAGACAAUCUUUUGUAAACAAUGAUACUGUGCCAUUUAAUGGAGUGACACCACAGAAUCUACAACGUCCAGUAUUACAACAGCAACCAGUAGCAGUAAUACAACCAGCUAGAGAAGUACCGCCUGCUAGACCCGCUAUAAUGAGAACGACUAAUGAACGUACUGAUGAUGGUCGACCAAUUCUAGGCUAUGUUACGACGUUGUAUGACUAUCAGGCUACAAUUCCUGAAGAAAUUUCUUUUACAGCCGGUGAUAUUUUGGUGGUGCUUGCAAUACAAGAUGAUGGAUGGUGGGAAGGAGAACUAUUGGAUGAAUCAAGAAAAGUUCGCGGUCUGUUCCCUAGUAAUUUCACUACGCCAUUAGUUUAG